AUGUCGGCUGGACUUGAAGCUCUAAAGCAUAUAUCCAAGGACUCUGGGUUCCCAAUUACCAUCCAUCCGCACUUCUCUGAGAAAAUCAAGAACCAUGUUCCACCAGAGCCCGCCCGAGAAGAAAUAGUCCCGGAGAAGGACCGUGCUACAUUUGCGGACCCCGAGAAGAAAGCUCUUUUCUCGGUCGCUAAACCUGUUGACUUGACAGAAUCGAUCGGCACCGUCUUAGAGAAUGUGCAGCUUUCCCAAUUAACCCCACAACAACUAGAUGAGCUUGCGCUGCUUGUAAAUGAGCGUGGAGUCGUCUUCUUCCGCAACCAAGAUUUAACUACUGACGGACAAGUAAAACUCUUUGAACAUUAUGGUACUUUGGAUCGACAUCCUGCCCAAAAGGAUGUUCGACACGUCGUGAUCCGAGGCAGCCGAGAGGACCACCGCGAGUUGCUCAAGUAUACCCCGUGGCCUUCGGGAGAGUGGCAUGCCGAUACUUCAUUUGAGGUUAACCCCCCUUCGUAUUCUCUUCUCCGAAUGGAAGAGCAUCCGCCCGUGGGAGGGGACACGGCCUGGGUCUCCGGUUACGGUCUCUAUGACACAUUGAGUGACGCGAUGAAGAGAUUUGUCGAAGGCCUACAUGCAGUGCACACAUCAAGACUGCAGUACGACACAAUUUUGGACCUAUGGGGCGUUGGGCCGAACCGCCCCCCUAUCGACUCGCAUCAUCCGGCCGUUAGGACCCACCCGGUUACCGGAUUGAAGGCGUUGAACAUAAAUACCGGGUUCGUCACCGGGUUCGCUGAGCUCAAGAAGCACGAGUCCGACAAGCUCCUCGACUUCUUCCAGUACCACCUUCAUUCCGCUGAUGAUCACUCAGUCCGAUGGAAGUGGGAAGUUGGCAGCGUGGCGAUGUGGGACAACAGAUGUGUACUCCAUCGGGUUAUCCCUGGCUCAUAUGAAGCGCCUCGAAGGGGAAUUCGCACGACGGUCUUCGGAGAGAAACCGUACUAUGAUCCUGCAAGCGAAGGGAGAGCUGAAAGAGAGCGGAGACUCAAAGAGGAGACAGCUAAAGCAUUGCUUCAAGACUUGAAUACCAAGGAAAAUCUUGUAAAUACACCCGCUUAA